CACUCAUAAUUUGCUGUCGCAACAAAGCAGGUGCUUUCCGCUGAACUCAAACCCCCCCCGCCUGGCACAACGAGCUGCAGCUAAAGCUGGCCUGUCAAGUUAGUGGGCGUUGGCACUCCCAGGCCUAAUGCUAGCGAAAAAGCAUUACGGCAUUAAGCAACAGCACUGCGGCUCGUUGCGAAAGCUCGCAGCGCCGCGACAGCCCGCGCGCAACAACUUAACCUUCCACGGUGCCGCCACUCAACGCCUAGGACUGGAGGAUUCGGCCUCCUUUCCGCAAUGGGUUUCUGGUCAGGCGGGCACGGCCAUUCUUCGGUCCGUGGCUUGCUCGGCGUCGGAUGCAAGUGCUGCAAAUGCCGCGCCAGCCGUGGACCCGGGCAUGCUCAUUAUCCACUACGUGCGGAAGGAUCACAACUAUAAGGGCUGGGGCUUGCACGUGUGGGGCGACUCCUCGAGCUGCACGCAGUGGCAGCAGCCGCUCAAACCCACACGUGUGACGGAGCGCGGGCUGGUGUGGGAGCUGCCGCUGCGGUCCGGCGCGCGGAGGGUGGGGGCGCUGGUCCACAAGGGCGAGCAGAAGGCAGCCAGCGGCGAGGUGACCAUCUCGGCCCACGGCUCCACCAUGUCCGUGGACCAGGCCACGGGCGCCGCCGUACAGGAGGCCUGGCUGGUGGGCGCGGAGCAGUCGGCCUUCGCCUUCCCGCCCGACAUGAGCCGCAUACCCGCCGGCUCCAUCAACAAGCAGGCCGCGCACUGGGUUUCCCCCGGGCUGCUGCUGUGGCGCCAGGCUGCGGAGGACGUGGUGGGGCGGCGGCGCUUCCGACUCCACUACAGCCGCGCCGGGUACAUGCACAUCACGGGCGCGGGCGUGCAGGGCGCCGACGCCAGCUGGGACCUGGAGCCGCAGCCGCCCGCCGCCGCCGCCCCCGGCGUCAAGCGCUUCCCGCACCUGUACGGAUGUACGGCACUGGCGGUGCCGCCGGAGGCGGGCGCGGCGGCGGCGGCGGCUGAGGGCGGCGGCAUCCUGACUGGCCAGCUGCUGGUGUCGGUACACGACGCGGCGGGGGAUGCGCUGGACGCCACGGGCGUGCAGAUCCAGGGUGUGUUGGACGAGCUGAUGUCGUACGACGGGCCGUUGGGCGACCACCCCGACGUCGGCGGCGACGGCCACAGCAUCACACUGUGGGCGCCCACGGCCCAGAAGGUGGAGCUGCUGUACUGGGGCAGCGCGCCGCGCGGGGGGCAGCCGCAGGUGCACGCCAUGUGUCGCGGCCCCUGCGGCGCCUGGUCGCUGCGCCGCCCCGCCGCCUGGUUGUGGAGCUACUACACCUACCGCGUCACCGUCUACUGCCCCUGGACAGCCCGCAUGGAGACGGUGGAGGUGACGGACCCCUACAGUCGCGGUCUGGCGGCGGACGGCGGCCGGACCCAGGUGGUGGACCUGGAGCAUCCCGACACCAUGCCGGCGGGCUGGCACUCGCACGUGCCUCCGGCUCUGGCGCAGUGGACUGACAUCAGCGUGUACGAAAUGCACGUGCGCGAUUUCAGCAUCACCGACGCCUCCGUGCCGCCGCCCCUGCGCGGCAAGUACCUGGCCUUCGUGCCCGAGCGCGUCGCGGCGGCGGCCGGCGGCAGCCCCCUGUCCGCCGGUCUGUCGCACCUGGCGGCUCUGCGGGGUGCGGGUCUGAACCACCUGCACCUGCUGCCCACAUACGACUUCGCCACGGUGCCGGAGCGGGCGGAGGACCAGCGCGGGGUGCAGGAGGACCUCACCCGCCACCCGCCCGACUCGCCGCAGCAGCAGGCGGCGGUGCUGGCUGUGGCGGACAACGACGGAUUCAACUGGGGAUACGACCCCGUGCACUACGGCGUGCCUGAGGGCUCCUACGCCACUGACCCCGACGGCGUGGCCAGGAUCCGCGAGUUCCGCGAGAUGGUGCAGUCGCUGCACGGCCAGGGCUGGCGAGUGGUGCAAGACGUGGUGUACAACCACACCUUCGCCAGCGGGCCGCACAGCAAGUACUCGGUGCUUGACAAGGUGGUGCCGGGCUACUACCACCGCCGACACGAGGACGGCGGCAUCUGCGACUCCACCUGCUGCAACAACACCGCCACCGAGCACGCCAUGUGCGAGCGACUGGUGGUGGACGACAUCACACACUGGGCGAGCAACUACAGGGUGGACGGGUUCAGGUUCGACAUCAUGGGCCACCUGAUGAUGAGCACCAUGUCCAAGAUCCGGACCAGCCUGGACUCCCUCACACCAGACAAGGACCACGGCGUGUCCGGCCGCUCCAUCUACAUCUACGGCGAGGCCUGGGACUUUGGCGAGGUGGCCGGCAACCAGCGCGGCCGCAACGCAGCACAGAUGAACCUGGCGGGCUCGGGCCUUGGCGCCUUCAACGACCGCCUGCGAGACGGCGCCAUGGGCGGAGGCCCCUUCGCGCCGCCGCAGUUCCAGGGUCUGGUGACGGGCCUGGCGCUGGCACCCAACCCCGCCGCCGCUCAGGCUGGGCAGGGCGGCGGCGGCGGCGGCGGCGGUUCCGAGGCGGCGCGGGCGGAGCUGCUGGUUUUGAGCGACUGGGCACGGAGCGCGCUGGCGGGCAACCUGCGGGCCUACCCGCUGCACCUGUGCGACGGCUCCACGCGGCCUGGGGAGCAGGUGCUGGCCCACGGGUUGCCGCUGGCGUACGGCGGACUGCCCUGCGAGCACGUGGCCUUCAUUGGAUGCCACGACAACAAAACCCAGUUCGACCAGAUCAUAGAGAAGGCCAGCGUCAACGAGUCGGGCGAGGAGCGAAUGCGGAUGGCGGUCAUGUGUUUGGCGCUCAUCACUUUGAGUCAGGGCGUGCCCUUCAUACACGCCGGUGACGACUUGCUCCGAUCCAAGAGCCUGGACCGCGACAGCUACAACUCGGGCGACUGGUUCAACCGAAUCGACUGGACGGGCGCCAGCAACGGCUUCGGCUCCGGCUUGCCUGUGAGCACCAAGAACGGCGGCAGCUGGAGCUACAUGGGGCCGCUGCUGCGGGAGGCGGGCAGGCUCACGCCCACACCCGAGCACAUGAAGACCGCAACCGCCAUCUUCCAGGCGCUGCUGCGCGUGCGCUACAGCUCCCCGCUGUUCCGGCUGGCUGCUACUGCCGACGUGAUCCGGCAGCUGGCCUUCCACAACACCGGGCCGCAGCAGAACCCGGGAGUGAUUGUGAUGGAGCUGACCAGCGCUCCGGCCCCCGGCGGCGGCGGCGGCGGCAGCGAACAAAACCAGGGCGUGUACGACCCCAAGUACGAGCGGUUGGUUACGGUUUUUAACUGCGCGCCGUACGUCAACGACGUGCCGUACCCGCCCGGCGCCGCCCGUCUGCAGCUCCACUCCGACCUGGUCGCGGUGGGCGACGCCCGCCUGUCCUCCGCCGCCGCCGAGGAGGCCAGCCGCACCCUGCACCUGCCCCCCCGCACUGCCGCCGUGUUCGUGCAGCCGAGGCAGUAGCGCGCAGCAGCUGGUAGCGGCUGUAGCUGGCAGCGGCUGUAGCUGGCAGCGGCUGUAGCUGGCAGUGGCUGUAGCUGGCACGGCUGUAGCUGGCAGUGGCUGUAGCUGGCAGCGGCAGUGGCUGUAGCGCGCAGUGGCUGUAGCUGGCUGGUGGCGGCGGCGGAAGGGGCUGCAGCGGCAGUGGCAGCAGCGGCAGCAGGUGGUUGCAAGGACGAGGACGGGUUAGUGCUGGGGCAGCGGCAUGGAUGGAUGGCCGCGGACGGAGGCUGUAGCAGCAGUGUGGCUGUGGCAGCGGCGGCGGCAGCAGCGGCGGGGGGUGGAGCUGGAGAUACAGAGACACACGCCUGCGGCCACCGGAGGUUUGUGUGCGAGGGGUGGGGCAGUCGACGCAACAGCAGUCGGCCCGCUUCAAGGUUAGGCAUGCGUGUGGCGGCGGCGGGGAGGGGAUGAGCAGGAGGGCCCUGCAUGCAGUCGUGAGGGGGGGGGCGUGUGCGUCACGACCCCGUGAGGGGUGUGCUUGUUGGUGCGGUGCAGUCGAGGAGGUGCAUGAGAGUCGACGUGCCCAAGGCAUGGCCGCAUGGUGCGGCGGGGCCGCCGGCAGACAACGAGGGGCAGCAGCGAGCUUGGCGCUCACUUAUAUCGAAGAUGCUUUAAGGAAACGAAAUGCGCACGAUGAGAAGGUUGGCGGAGCUAGCAGGCAGCACAGGGGCGGUGGGUGGCGUGGCGGGUGCCGGGCCGUGUGUCCCCUUCGCGGCUUUGGCGGCGGCGGAGGGCGGCGGUCAGGCGGGGGAGGGCGGCCGCCCAUGGCGGCGGCGGCGGCUGGUGCUAUUGUAAAUGCGGAGACGCUUGGCGCUUGGGCAGUGGCGCUCGCGAGACUGCAGCGGUGUUUCGUUGCAACAACUUACUUUAAUGUGAGCUGCAUCAAUGCACGCGCACGCACGCAUGCAAGUGUCCUACGAACCCCACAACGGCCUGUAACAGCAGUGGAGCCUGUUGCACACUUGUCUCUGGGGCCCCACGUACUGUGGAAGUCCCCUUAACAGUGUAACUGUGCAUGUCU